CGCUCAUCACAGUACGCGCGAGCAACUUAGGAAUGUUUAGCUUGCUGAGAAGACGUCUUGCAUGUGGAUCUCUUACUUUUAGGUCGGAGCUCCGGUCGCAGGUUUCAUGCAAACAGCUGUAGCUCUUCCCACUUUCGAAGACCUAGAAAGAAGCUUCAAACUUCAAAGGUUGAGGGGCAGCAACAAUGAAAUGAUAACAUGCCGGUUGUUCCUCUGCGAGAGUUUGGGCGGAAGCCUAGCAAGUCCCGGCCCAAGACGCAGCGAGAGCUCGAAGCUGAGCAGAAGCUCGACCAGGCUCUGAGUCGCCUUCAGGCCGCCUUGCCCUUGGGUUUUGCUGGUGGUGGCAAUAAGGUCUUGGAGGAGGGACAUAGCUUAUUGCCAUCAUGGUCCGUAGCUGAUGCUUCUGUGCAGCAGCAGGCGAGCAAAGCGAUCCUGGGUCUGGCGGAUGCGCUCGUCGAGCAUUACAAGGAGGUGGAGAGGGAUGCAGGAUGGAGCAAGAAAAUUCAGGUUGCAGUAUCUUCCGCAGUACCCGCUCUGCACUUCCUCCUGGGUCUCCCAAACCCCGCAGUCGCUCAGCGCGCCGCGCAUGCUUGCCAUGUGGCAGCCUCCCAGCUCGCCACCUGGCGCGACGCCAUGGUGCCCUCCCUAGCUGUACCACUGGCCUCUCUGAUCGAUGCCACGGACGUUGUUACGACACAGCACGCUUCCGCCGCCCUCUUACUCAUGAUCCUCGACAAGCCGGGUGCUCGGACCAAGGUCAAAGCGAAAGGGUUCCAGCCCCUGCGGUCGUUCUCCGCUCAGAACGUCUUUGACAGUUUCACCAGAGCGCAGGCGCUUGAUCGGAUGAAGCGGCAGUUGAGCGCGCAGGGAAGUCUAGAGCUUUCGCUGGGGAAGGCUGGUGGCACUACUGGGCGGCAGGUAGUUUUAGACGUCCUCGCGCUCCUGCUGGCCGCAGUGAAGAAGUCUGGGAAGUUGCUCAGACGAGCGGCUGAGGAUUUGGAGUGGGUGGAUGUCUUGGGGGAAACAAUGGCGAGCCAUGAUGGGGGGGUGGCCGCGGCGGCAAUGAGCGCAUCUGCUGUCCUGGCGUCCGAGGGCCAGUUCGGGGCGGCAAUGCUGAGGGUUUGCCCCCUCUUGUCCGCCAGUCUCAUGAAGCAACUGGAGCGUCAAGAAGACGAAGCACGCGGCGCUGCGCUGCGACUGCUAGCAGCCUUGGCGCCCCUCUCCAAUUCGGACACGCUCCUCGACUGCGGACCGCUCUCCCGCGCCGUCGUCCGAAUCCUCUCCGCCCCGCACUCCGACGAAUCCCUGUUGCUCGAAACCCUGGCAACGCUCGGGGCCCUGUUACAGCGCCGGGAGAGCGCCUGGGCCUCAGCUCUGCUGUCAUCGGGGCUCGCACAAGGCCUCGUGAACCUUCUCGGCUGGCCGGCGCCGUCUGAUCGGAGCGGGGAGGUUUUGGGGGAUCCCCCUCGGAGGAUGGCUGAUAUGGAGCCACAGUCGCGGAGGGCGUGCUGGCGGGUGGUGGAGCUCUUGGGGUUUAGCAAGGGUUUGGACGGGGUUAGCAAGGGUCCCGGGGGGGGUAGCAAGGGAGGAGACGUGGUUAGCAAAGGAGCAGAAGGAAAAGCGGCCGGGAAAAGUGCGGGCAAGACGGGUGGGGAUCUGCCGAAGCUCGUUUGGAGUCAUUUUCACAGCAAGGUCUACUUCUUCUCCCCUGGAGACGCGGGCAGUGCGGAGGAACGGGUUGAGAUCUCCCGUGCCCUGCUCAGCCUCCUCUCUUCUCCGACCCCUUCCCUUUCAAAAGCCGCCCGUGCCGUUGCAAUGCAAGACUACGCCAGCAUGACGGAAAUGAGAAUUGGUAUCCUGCCGGGCGACCCAGCGGGCUACUUUCAGGGGGCGCGGACGGCCGAAGCGGACUCGAUUCUAGAGGGGGGGCUGCUGAAGGCUGCGGCGCUGGCAGCGCUGGACCCGUUCAGGAUCAGCGCGGCCACGGGCAUCCGCAUCAUCAUCCUGCUGGCGCUAAAGCUCGACAGCGUCCUGGAACCUCUUUCGGACGACGACGACCAUCUUUCGGACGCUGAGCUGGACGGCCCAGAGUUGGACGCCGUUCCAGUUGCUGCUGCCCGCGAGACCCUCUGCCCGUCCGUGGUCACAAACCCACGAACAGCCCCGGAAUCCAAGGCCUCCCUUGGUUCACGGGAUACCAGAAGUAACCUGGAGUCGAACAACGAUGUCGCUGACACCAAAACCCCGGCCCAAACUCUUGACCGCAAAAGCGCACACCCCAAAACACCAACCCCUGAACCCCCAACCCCCGAAUUACCAAAGCUGCGAGCCCUCAGUCUUGGAAGUACAGAUCCUGAGAGCCUGGAAUCUGGAGAGAGCGAGGGUUUGGAAACUAGAACGAGCGAAAUUUUGGAGGCGUGGGAAGGAAAGGACGGCCUGCUGCUCGCGGCGCUCCAGGCGUUCUGCGGGAUGUACGGACGCUGGCGUGUGUCCGUCGAGCCGUUCCCGUCUGAAACCGUCCGGAAAGCCGCCCCGGGGGGGCCGAUUUUCACGCAGAAGUCACCCCCUGCGGGAGACGGAUCCGUUAUGCGGACGGAAUCAAGCGGAACAAGUGCUGGAGCUUCAGAAUGCUGGCAACUUUGGUGGGCACAUUACUCGAGUGGGGCACUUCUGACCGAGCCGUUGUGUGCGGUUCUGUGCGGGAGUCUCCGGAAGCAACUAGAGCGGGUCUGCGGGGGCCACAGGUUCUCGUGGGGCGCAAGGUGCUGGGCGGCGCGGGCGCUCGCCGAAAUGGGGGGCUAUGGAUGCCCGUCCCGGCUGGGAGGGGAAGUGGGCGCGGUUCUGCAAAGUGCGGACGAUCCGGACGUCUUGUUCAAAUUUUCGGACGGGCAGAGCGCCGGCGCCCAUCGAGCGAUCCUGGCCGCUCGAUGUCCCGUCCUGCUCGCGAUGACAUCGGAAUUAACGGCUGAGAGAGCGAAGGAGGAGCAACCAGCGGCCGCUGAGUCCGUUCGUCAAAGCUCCGCCCCCUUGGAGCAAUCUGCAGACCGGAACGGAGUUCCGGCCGAGUCCGAAGCGUCUCCUGCAACGCGAGUCGUGCAGCUGUCGAACCGCGUCUCGUACAAGGCCUUUGCGCUGCUACUGGAGUACAUAUAUAGCGGGUGGCUGGCGCUGGAAGGCCCUGUAAAGGGGGAGCUGAAACGGGACUUACUGGUGCUUGCGAAGAAGUGCGAGCUGGAGGAUUUGGUGGGGUUGCUGGAGCGCCGGCGGCCAUUCCCGGGGGAUCGGCCACCGGGGUAUACUUUGGGGGGGGCGCUGAGGACUGCGGUCGGGCUGGCGCAAUGUGACGUCACGCUCCUCAUCGACUCCCCUACGGAUGACGUCAGCGAAGGUGCCUCAGGCGAAACCACAGCCGCUGCGGGGCGUCCCGUGAGCGUUCGCGCUCACCGGGUGAUUCUGUCCGCGCGCUCCGAGUACUUUCGCGCGCUCUUCCGGUCGGGGAUGCGUGACAGCGUUUCGGGCGUCGUUCGGGUUCCGAGCACGUCUCAGCCAGCCGUGCUCGCGACUCUAGUUUAUUUGUACACAGGACAACUAGUCAGGCCACAAAUGCGCGCGAGCCCUUCAUUAAAAGGGCAGAUUGAAGUAGGCGUCAAACCGUCGCCAGAUGAAAGGGUAGCAGAUAGCCGAACUUCGAACGAGGGGAAGAGAUCGAAGCAGAACUUGACACCAGGUGGGCAGCGUGGAGCGCCUGCAGCGCCAGACCUGGAAACAGUGUCAAAGUCAAGGUACAGCGACUCGUCUUUAGUCGUUUUCGUCGAAACCGCCGACCUCGCAGAACGGUGGACGUUAGAGCGCUUAGGAAAGCUGUGCUUAGAGCAGGUUAGGCGGCACUUGACACCAGAGAACGCGGUGGCAGUCUUGCAAGCGGCAGCUGCUAUGUCGGCGUGGGCCUUUGCGGAGGCGGCGGUGCCAACGCUGGCGCCGCACUACAGGGACCUGAUGAACGACGAGGGGUUCCGGGAGCUGCCCGAAGAACUGCAAGAAGCGGUUCGGACUGAGCACGUCCGGCUCCAGCAGCAACGGUGACGGCUGAUGCGCUCCGAACAGUUUCAGAAGUCUUGUCUGAUUGAAGUCGAGCACUAGAACUAGCCUUCCGUCAGAAAGGCUCUAGCGUACUCAAAGCUUUUCGAAACGGCCGUAGUCAGCGAGCUUGCGAAGAGCCGUCAUUCAAACAGUACUUGCAGUUUGAUUGAAAAGCGCUUGUGUCGUUCACCCUCUGAUUGGGCAGCCGAGAAUGUCACACGGGUUAUUAUUCAUCAUUAUCGCCAU